UUGCCGUUAUUGUAUGGAGAUACAGAGCUUAGUCAAUUAUGGCAACUCUUCAUCAUCUGAUUUUUCUGUACUUGGCUGUUUGUGUAUCUUUGAGCUAUUGCGGAAUUGUUCAAAAAUUCACGGAUCAGCAUUCUUUGAUCCGUAGAGAUGCAUCUCCGGACCCUAGAGGUCAUGGUCAUGGUGGUCAUCAUCAUGGAGGAAGAGGCUUUAACUCAGGAUACAGCAAUGAAGGCUUUAAUAAUGGAGGUUUCAACAAUGGAGGCCUUCUAGGAAACCCUGGAAGUCUUUUAGGGAACCCUCUGGUUGCAGCUGCUGGAGGCUUUGGAGUAGGAUUUUUGGGCUCACAGCUGUUAAACACAAUUGGGAAAUAAUUACUUAAAUAGUAUUUUACCGAACUGUAAAACUGAAAAAUUCAAUUUAUAUUGUUCUGGGUUAAACUGUAAUAAAGUUUGUUUUGACAAAUAAACGUACAAUAGAUAUAAA